GCCGCGACUGUCUGGAGUGGCUGUGGAGGCCGGGCGUCCUGGCUGGGCUGCGCUCUCCGUGCGGCUCUUCGGAACCGAACAGGGAAGGACGAUCAAAAGGCUAGGACCUCUCGCCGCGUCGUUUACACGACCCAUGGUCCUCGCCGUGGGACGGGCCGCCUUGCGCGGAGGUGUCGGCCGGGGCUGCGAUCCUUCCGAGGCCUUGGCACCCGCCCUCCGUCUUCGUCCGCUUCCGGAGGCGGCACCCUGAGCCUGUGCGCCUUUUUGCGGGGGGGGGGGGGGGGAGACUGGCUCGGGGAGCGACAGUCGUCCCGAGGCCACCGCGCCCAGUGGGGGUGUGGGGGUUCGGCUGCUUCCGCGAGCCCGCUCCAGUCGCCAGCUUCUCGACCCGGUUCUGGAAGCUCACAGGAUUCCAUGGCGGCCGCGGCGCCUAUGGACCGGGCUCAGGGCUGUGUGACCUUCGAGGAUGUGUUCGUGUACUUCUCCCGGGAGGAGUGGGAGCUCCUUGAGGAAGCUCAGAGACAUCUGUACCGCGAUGUGAUGCUGGAGAACUUUGCACAUGUGGCCUCCCUGGGUUGUUGGUGUGAAGCAGACAGUGAGGAGGACCCUUCUGAGCAGAGCAUUUUUGUAGAAGGAGUAUCAGAGGUCAGGACUCCUGAGUCAUGUCCAUUUAUCCAGAAAGCCCACCCUUGUGAGAUAUGUGACCCACUCUUGAAAGAUAUUUUGCACCUGGGUGAACACCAGGGAUCAUGCCCUGCACAGAAACUGUACACAGGUGACCCCUGUGGGCGAGGAUUCCUGCUCAGUGAGAACUUUUAUCAGCACCAGAAGCAAUAUAGCGUGAAGAAUCCCAUCAGAGGGGAUGAUGAUGGGGUCUCACUUGUGAAGAGCUGUGCAGUCCACAUGUUAGGGAGACCUUUCACUUGCAGGGAGGAAGGGAUGGACUUGCUGGAUAGCUCUGGCCUCUUCCAGCACCAAAGCACUCACAGUGGAAUGAGUCCCUGCAGAAGGGUUAAGUCCGUGCAGUGUUUUCCACACAGCUCCAGUCUUGGGCUACACCAGGGAGACCAUGAUGAACUGAUGCUUCUCAAUUGUGGUGAUGAUGGGAAAGCCUUCCUAAACACCUUCGCUCUCCUCGACAACCAGAUAACUCAGGCUGAAAUGGGAGCUUUUAGGUGCCUGCCAUGUGGAAAUCUGUCGAAGGAGAAGUCAGCUCUUAUUCAUCACAGAAAAAUUCCUAGUGGAGAAACGUCACAUGUGUGUAAGGUGUGUGGAAAGGCCUUCAUUCACGUGUCUCACUUAAAAACCCAUCAGAAAUUUCACACUGGAAAAAGGCAAUAUACAUGCAGUGAAUGUGGGAAGGCCUUCAGCCGCAAAGACACACUUGUUCAGCACCAGAGGGUUCACACUGGAGAAAGGUCUUAUGACUGCAAUGAGUGUGGAAAAGCCUACAGCAGAAGUUCCCACCUUGUGCAGCACCAGAGAAUUCACACUGGAGAAAGGCCUUAUAAGUGCAGUGAAUGUGGGAAAGCCUUUAGCCGUAAAGACACACUUGUUCAGCACCAGAGAUUUCAUACUGGAGAAAGGCCUUAUGAGUGCAGUGAAUGUGGAAAAUUCUUUAGCCAAAGCUCUCACCUUAUUGAGCACUGGAGAAUUCACACUGGGGCAAGGCCUUAUGAGUGCAUUGAAUGUGGAAAAUUCUUUAGCCAUAACUCCAGCCUCAUUAAGCAUAGGAGAGUUCACACAGGAGCAAGGUCGUAUGUAUGCGGCAAAUGUGGGAAGGCUUUUGGCUGCAAAGACACACUUGUUCAGCACCAGAUAAUUCACACUGGAGCAAGGCCAUAUGAGUGCAGUGAGUGUGGAAAGGCUUUCAGCCGUAAAGACACGCUUGUGCAGCACCGGAAAAUCCACACUGGCGAAAGGCCUUAUGAAUGCGGUGAAUGUGGAAAAUUCUUUAGCCAUAGCUCCAACCUCAUUGUGCACCAGAGAAUUCACUCUGGAGUGAAGCCUUAUGAGUGCAGUGAAUGUGGGAAAUGCUUUAGCCACAACUCUAGCCUUAUUCUACACCAGAGAGUUCACAGUGGAGCAAGGCCUUAUGUGUGCGGUGAAUGUGGGAAAGCCUACAUUAGUAGCUCCCACCUUGUUCAACACAAGAAAGUUCACACUGGAGCAAGACCUUAUGAGUGCAGUGAAUGUGGGAAGUUCUUUAGCCGCAACUCCAGCCUCAUUCUACACCAGAGGGUUCACACUGGAGAAAAGCCUUACGUGUGCAGUGCAUGUGGGAAAGCCUACAGCAGAAGCUCCCAUCUUGUUCGGCACCAGAAAGUUCACACUGGAGAAGGGCCUCAUGAAUGCAAUAGCUUUGGUGGUCCUUUAGCUGCAUCUAUUGAACUUGUUUAGCACCCGGAAAGUUCACACUAUAGAAAGGCCUUACAGAUGCAGAAAAUGUGCUGUGUUCAGGAUGAUGGGACUCACAGCAGAGAAAAGCUCUGUGAGUGCCCUUUGUGAGGGAGCCAGAGGUCAACUCUGUACAGUUGUACAUCCAUCCCGUGGAGAGUCUGGAUAAGUAACACGCAGAUGAGAGUCUCUCAUGAGGUGCAUUGCACUUCCUCAGCUGUCCAGGGCUCUUGACGGAGUUUUGUCACUGCUGGUGCCUGUGGCAGAAGCCAUCUCAUUGCUAUUAAGUUCCCACAGUGUCUGUCAGUUACUCCAGUAUGCUCAGGAAGUGGACCCCUGUGCCGUCUCUCCUGUUCUCUCAAGGGAAACGUAAAUGUUCUGAGCGCAUUGAGGGUCCUUGUUUCCUCCCCAUGACUGGGUUCUGAGUGACCAUGAUCUGCCUGAAAGGAUCUGAACUGCAGUCUGCUGGGGAUUUCCGGACAAGAUUCCCCUUCUUCCUGGACAAUGUUGACUGUAACAUGAUAGCUGUGACUUAUUUAUCGUACUUCCAGGUCACCCAGCUUUGGAACUCCCUGCCCCAUGCUACUCUGGUUCAUGCAGUGAUGAAGGCCUGCUAUGGCAGUCUUUACUCUGGGAGGUCAGUUCACUGUGUGGAUUGAGAAAAAAUUGGGUUUUACCAACAUGAAGGGAGGAACACCUUUUGUUGGCACCAGCUUUAAGUGCCUCAGAGGGGACAGCAGGGUGGCAGAGAACAGCUCUCAGUCUAGUUUGGCCUAGUUUGCAUGGUUGCCCAAGGCUUACUAGGAAAGACUAAGAGCUUUGUGUACCUAAUCCUGUGGCCUAGAAGUCGGGAUUUCCUGUGGGCCCAUAGUUCAUUCUGAGGUGGACAUCGUUUGUGUGGAAAGCCUCCAGUGCUUCUAGAAGCUACAUGAGUUGGGUCCUUUGUUCCUAGGGAAUGUCCCAUAUUCCCCAGCACUUUUGAGGGAUUUCUGUCUCCUGAACUUGUACAGGAGCCAGUCCUUGAUGUCCAGAAUCCCAUGGGCAAGUAUCAUUGAUCGGAAGGCUAACGGGCAAGGUGGGAAUCAUAGUUGGUACAGAAACACUGAGAUCAUGGAGUGGGGAUGACUCUGGCUCGUGAGAGGAUGUGUAUCUAUUCUAACGGAGGCAUCUAUAAAUAUCCGUGCAAUUUUGGCUGUAUGGCAUGAAAGUGUACAGAAAUUCUCAGGAUCUUCAGACAUCUGAGUCUCCUGUGGCCAACGCACUGUCACAGUAAGUAAUCUAAAGGUUUGUGGAUUCCUGUACCUCCUAGGCUGUUAACAUCAUGGCCAUCACUGCACAGGCAGGAACCCCAGCAUUGACAAAAGAGAGAUCCAGGGAUCAGGCUUCUCUGACCCAGCCAACAUUGCUAGUGACUGACGUGGCCAUGGAUUCCAUUGCUGUCCAGUUUUUGCUGAUAUUGAGGCAGGGUUCAUCCCUCUAAAUUGUGGGGAGAGAGGAAUAUGGUAGAACGAGAACAGUUGGCAGAUGUGACUUCCCAAGAGGAAUGCUAAAUAUGGAUUUUUAUGAGGAACAUUUAGUUCUUAACAUCUUUAUUAAGGUAUUGUGACACAAAAUAAACUGCAUGUAUGUAAAGCAUAAAACGUGUUAUAUUUUACCCUGUGUAUAUACUGAUGAGACCACACAAUCAAGAUAAUGGAGAGAGAUAUCAGCACAACCAGAAGAUUCCUCCUGUCCCCUUAUAAUCCUUUCCUCCCAGUCCUUUCUACCCCCUUUUCCACAGUUCACAAGUAAUCUCAAGGAUUUUGUAGAAUUUCAUAUAAACAGAAUCCUAUGGUAUAUACUUUCUGGGGAAUGGGGACUCAGGCAUUUUUCACUAACCAUAACUAUUUCGAGAUUAAGCCAUAUUGUUACAUGUAUCAAUUGUUCAUUUGUAUUGUUGAGUAUUAUUCCAUUGUAUGGAUAUACCACAUUUGUUUUUUUAUCCAUUUGCCUGUUAGUGGAUGUUUGUGUUGUUUCCAGUUUUUGGCUGUUAAAAAUAAAGCUGCUGUGAAGAUUUCUGUAUAAGUUAUCACUGAAUAACAUUCCAUUGUAUGGAUGUAACACAGUUUGCUUAUCCAUUCACUGACUGAGGGAUGUCUUGAUUGCUUCCAAGUUUUGGCACUUAUGAAUAAACCUGCGUUAUGCCCUUUGUGUAGGUGGACAUAAGUUUGUGUACAUAAAUUUUCAGUUUGCUUGGGUUCAAGCCAAGGAGCAUGAUUUGUUGAGUUAUAUAGUAUGUUUAGUUUUGUAAGAAACUGUCUUCCAAAGUGGCUGUAUCAUUUUGCAUUCUGACCAGCAGUAGGUGAGGGUUCCUGUUGCUCCAUGUCCUCGUCGGCAUUUGAUUUUUGCCAUUCAGCUAGGUGUGUUGUAAUAGUAUGUUGUUGUUUCUUUAAUUUGCAAAUUCCCUAAUGACAUGAUGAAUAUCUUUUCAUAUUGUUUUAACUGUGUCUCUUAAAUUUUAAAAGAAAUUUUAAAUUUUAGUGAAGUCCCAAAUACUCAGUUUUUCUUUCAUGGAUUGUGUUUUCGGUGUUGUAUCUAAAAACUCAUUGCCAAAACUGAGCAAGGUCUACAUUGUCUCUUGUGUUAUCUUCUAGGUGUUCUAUAGUUUUGUAUUUAGGUUUGUUAUCCAUUUUGUGAAAGUAUAUGUGAAAGGUGUAAGAUCUGUGUCCGGAUCACUUUUUUAAAGCCUCAUUUUUUAAGAAGACUAUCCUUUCUCCAUUCCUUUGCCUUUGCUCCCUUUUCAAAGAUCACUUGACUACAUUAGUGUGGUUGUAUUUCUAGACUCUCUCUUCAAGUUUUUCCCACUUAUUGCAAUAAUCAUGGUGUGGCUUUAGGGGAUGGGGUUUCUUGUUAUCUUUUUCUUUACAUGGCAUGUUCCAUUAAUUGAUAUUCAAAUGUUAAAUCAACCUUGCAUUUCUUGGGAUAGAUCUCUCUGGGUCAUGUUGUAUAAUCCUUUGUAUAUGUUGCCAAGACAGUUUUCUGAUACUUGGUUAACGUAUUUUACAUCUAUAUAGAUGAAUGAUCAUGGGUUUGUAGCGUUGUUUUCUUGUGAUAUGUCUGUAUCAGUGUAAUUCUGAUCUCAUAUAAUAUGUUGGGAAAUAUUUCCUCCUUUAUUUUCUGGAAGAGUUUUUGAAGGAUCAGUGAUAUUUCAUUUUUAAAUGUUUGCAGGAAUUCCUUAAUGAAGGCACCUGAGCCUGGAAUUUUCUUUUGAGAAGAUUUUCAGUAAAACUACUUAGUAGAUUUCUGUAUAAAUUGUCUACUUAUGUCAGAUUUGAUCAUUGUUGGUGUCUUUCUAGGUAUUUGUCCACUUUAACUAAAUUGUCUGAUUUGGGAGGAUUAGGAUUUGUUUAUAAUAUUCCCUUAUGUUACUUUUAAUUUCUGUAGGGUCAUUGGUGUCUUUGUUCCUGAUUUUGUUAAUUUGUUGUUUUUUUUGUCAGCCAAACUAGUGUUUUGUCAAUUUUGUUGAUCUUUUGAAGGAACCUUUUUUUCUUUCAUUGAAUUUUUUUUUUAUUAAUUAAUUUUAUUUUUGGCUGUGUUGGGUCUUUGUUGCUGUGUGUGGGCGUUCUCUAGUUGCAGCUGGGGUGGGGGUGGGGGGUGGCGCUACUCUUCAUUGCCAUGUGCGGGUUUCUCAGUGUGGUGGUUUCUCUUGUGGAGCAUGGGCUCUAGUAGUUGUACAUGGGUUCAGAAGUUGUGGCUCGCAGGCUCUAGAGCACAGGCUCAGCAGUUGUGGUACAUGGGCUUGUUGCUCCGAGGCAUGUGGGAUCUUCCGAGACCAGGGCUCGAACCUGUGAUUCCUAACCACUGUGCUGCCAGGGAAUUCCCUCUUUCAUUGAUUUUUAAAAAAUGUUUUUUCUGUUUCAGUGUUUUGUUAUAAUCUUUAUUGUUUCCUUUCUUAUCCUUGCUUUGGGAUUAGUUUGGUCUUAUUUUCCAGGUUUCUUAAUAUGGAAUGUUAGAUUAUUGACCUCAUUCUUCUUUUGUAAUAAGCUGUGUAAAGCUAUACGUUUCCCUCUAAUCAUUUUAGUUGUAUCAUAUCAAUUUGUGUAUGUAGCAUUUUUAUUUUCAUCCAGUUCAAAAUAUUUAUGUUUUUAAAAUUUCCCCUGUAAUUUCUUCUUUUACCCAUAGGAUAUUUGCUAGUGUGUAGUUUAAUAAGUGUCUUUCUAUUAAAUUUUCAGGGAUGGUAUUGCAGAGCAGGAGGAAUGCUUUUGCUUUUUCCAUCAAUGGCCCAAGUGUUACUUUUGAAAUAGGCAAAAUCUGUGGGUUAUUUGAAAUACCUUCCACUCUUAGGAAGACAUUGAGCUAUACUCUUUGGUGUUUUGGAGAAAGAGUAGCACCCAUAUCUACCAGGAACUGAUGAGGUUGAGCACCUAUACUUAAUUCAUCUUGAGUGCUGAAAGAAUAGAGCAGGUUAUUGGGCACUUUUCCUUCCUCAGAGCACCCUGCCUGCUCUGAUUUGAGGGAUUUUCUUUGUACUGGUUUUUCUUCAUAAGAUGGGAGAAUCUUUUUUCCAGUUCCCCUCCUAUUUACAGUAUUUACAAGCAUCCUUGUCAAUAGGUGGUUGGUUGGGACGUGGGCCCCUUAGCCCUGCUGAUCUGGAGGAACACGUGUUUUCUUCGAAUCCUGUCUUGUAAAUAUGAGCUGCCAGGUUUUGUAGUUCAACUAAAGGGGUAAUUUUUCUAAGUUCUGUUUGUAAUUUAGGUCUAUAAUUUCAGGUUUAACACCACUGGUAAAAUGACCUGAAACAGCUGCUCUUACAUCAGCACCUCUGUGACUCCCAACUGUUGAAAUUAGGGAUUUUUUCUAGUCUGUCCUGAAAAUCUCCUAAAGUUUAAAGAAAUUUUUGUUUUAGUUCUUAAAUUACUACACAAUCGAUUUUUGCUGUUAAUACUUCAGGUAUGGCUUUUAGGAGACUUGGACCUACUUUCUUGACCUUUCUAUGACCCUCAGGUUUAUUGUGGAAAGAGAACUCCUGUCAGUCCCUUCCUGGUCAGUCCAAUCAGCUUUUGCUACCUUUGAUUUAGCAUCUUAGGUUCCAACGAACAUAUAUAUAAGUUGUAUAAGUUAGGUGACCUUGGCAGGUGUACCCUAAAGAAUUCUAAAAAUUUUAAUGACUACUUGGUGGUGUUAUUUGGGUUGAAGAGAAUCUUUAGUUAUACCUUUUUUUUUUUUUUUUUUAAUUUUGGCUGCACCAGGUCUUAGUUGUGGCACUCAGGAUCUUUAAUUGCAGCAUGUGGACUUCUUAGCUGCAACAUGUAGACUCUCAGUUGCAGCAUGCAUGUGGGAUCUAGUUCCCCACCCAGGAAUUGAACCCAGCCCCAUGCAUUGGGAGCACAGAGUCUUAUGCACUGAACCACCAAGGAAGUCCCUAAUUAUACCUCUUAGUUAGCUCAGGUCCAAGGUUUAAAUUCUGUAACUUUCUGCAUGCCAAACUCAUAGGUGGGGUGGCUCUUUAGAGGUAACUGGCAUUUGGGUUUUAAGAGAGCCAUUGGGAAAAGACGAUGAAACUGAGUCUCCCUAAAACGAAGUUCCCCUGCUGAGUUUAUGAUUAACCUCUGUAUCCAAAACUCUGUUCCCAUUCUUGUCCCCUUCUACCUCAGUCCUCUGUUAGCUGAACACUAAUCAACCAGAGUCAGAUGACUAAAAGUGCUGUUGUUGGUAACAUUGUUAAUAUACAGACCAGGGUGUUUCUCCAGGGCAAGAUGAUGUAACAGAACUUCCAGGUCGUGGACCACCAGACCAAAGACUCAUAAACCAUAGGCAUCCUUAUUCCUGAAACUAUGAUUAAGAAAUGUCACAAGAUGAUGAUUAACCCCAGCUUCUUUGUUGUUCCCCUCUAAAAGCCUCCUGUCACUGAUUGGCUGUCUUCCAGGACUGGGGCCUGAACACUGAUUGGCAGAAAGUUCUAGAAGUUUGGGCUAUGAAUUAUUUGCUAAUAUUCAGAAGCUUGAGUUUACUGGGGUGAGGCUGUUGCUGACUGGCUGGCUUUCACAGCAUAUCUGAAGUUAUCUCUAAUAAAUCAUGUUUUCUUGUUCAAGAUUUUG